AUGUUCGUCAGUGUGAAGGAACGCGCGCGCCAGAUCGCCAGUGGGCAGUUCACUGCGCCAGCAUCAACUGCUCCCGUUGCGUCUUUGAUCGAUCUUGCGCCUGAACCUAAGCCUGCGACACCGAAGAAGGCAAGCGCAAAGGGAACAUUUGCCAAAGCCGCCGCGUCGCCUUCAAAGACAAAAAAAGAUACACCAAAAGUUGCGCCUACACCUGCAGCACCUCCAAAAGCCGCACCACCAAAGGCUACACCAAUAGGAGCAUUCCCACAAGCAGCGCCGACCACUAUUGCGCCGCCUCCAGAAUCAUCUCUGCCAAAGAAGGCGUCUUCGAAAUCGAAGCUCACGAAGGAACCCUCGUCAAAACCGCCCAAAGAAACACCUUCAAAGCCGUCGACGCCCAAGCUCGGAUCCUCAAAGUCCACAUCAUCAAGCAAACCCCCAUCCCAACCCAAGACGCCAUCGUCGCCCAAACCCGCAUCGCCCACAAAACCUACUGCGCCACGACCAUCGCUCUUCUCACGGGCAUCAUCCACUUCCAAAACCCCCUCAGCACCGGCCACGCCCUCGAAGCCAAAGCGCUCCAAAUCCCCCCCAAAGCGCGUCGACUCGCCCAUCUCCGACGCCUCGUCGUCGUCGCUCGCGGAGCUGAAAUCAGCAUGCCUCAAGCAAGUGUCCGGGGUGACGGGUCUGGGGGGCCGGCGGCUCGCGAUCGCGCUCAAGCAGCGGUCAAGCGGGGAGUACUACGUCGCGCUCAAGGAUCUGGGCAGCGACAAGUAUCUCAAGAUGUGGAUGAAUCGCGAUAAGACGUACGGGUCCAAGGAGGAGGCGCUGGAGAAGUAUCUGGUGUGGGUCUGCAAGAUGAGGAAUGAGGUGAGGUGGUUUCCUACGAGUCCGCGCGCGAGCAGCCCGCCGAAGGGGAAGGGCAGAUAG